GAUGGUCAACCGCACCCUGCUAAACCCCCCUUCACUUCAAGUGCAAGGCCAGAAAGCAAGUGAAGCUAUGGUAGAAGAAGAAGGAGUUGAGCUGCCAGCUGCCAUCUUUUGCUUGGACGAAGAGAAGAAGAAGAAAGGGAGAAGUCAGUUAACAAUAUGAUGGAAGAUCAGCUCCUCAAGAAAAUGCUUCUGUUGAUAACAGAUCAAGAACAUCCUUACAUGUCCGUCGUGUUUGUCGUAUAUAUGCUGGUAACAGGCACCCUCGCUGUCGUCGGCGUGGUCGUCGCGAUACAGGAUUCCAGCAAAAGAAGGCUUAUUAAGAAGAAGAUAUCGCUGAUGAGCAAAGCCUUCGAACUAGCUGCCGCUCGUCAUGAAGACAGAAAGACAGAAGAGUGCUUGAAACUGGUGGACGACAAUCAGCUGGAUUUAAACAGAAUGGUUACGGGCUUUGGGCACAGCAUAUUCAUGGCUGCGUGUUUGAGCUGCAAUAUGACACUGGUGCAAUUGAUGCUGGACAGAGGAGCGAACAUCAAAGCACGAUCUGAGAACGGAGAUUCUCCCCUUUACCUGAUUACGUUCCGAUGCAUCUGCAACGAUGAGCUUACCGAUACUCAACUUCUGCUGUUCUUCAUCAAUUUAGGCUGUGAUGUCAACGACCAGAAUGUCGCGGGCCUGACGCCUCUGCAUUUGUCUGCUUGGAAGGGCUCCAUUCACCUUGUCAAGUUUUUUCUUGAACAUGGCGCAGACCAUUCGAUACGAGACAGAAAAGGCAGGACAGCCGCGCAUCUGGCACGACUGCAAGGCCACGGUCCCGUCUGCGCUUACUUGGAAGAUCUCGAGUACUGCCCCAUGAGAAAUGAACGUGAUCACUCUUAUCGUAGCCCACGUGACAGCAUUCACAAUAGAUGCGCAACAAAUAAGAUAGCGUCCGGCGACUGAGGGAGUACUGGUGCUGUGCGUUUGCCCGUCCUGUAUCGGUGCUCCCGUGCGAUGAUAAUUUGUCAUAAUAAACGUCUGCACAA